AUGGAAACGCUGGCCGAUCCCGAUCCGAACGUGAAACGAUGGCUCGAGCUGUUCCCAUUCGUGGACGAAAACAUUCUACGCAUUCUAGUGCAACGUGCCGAAAAAUGUCGAUACCGGGCAAUCGUACUCACCGUCGCUGGGCCGGAAAAAAGAAACCGAUCGAAAGAAAAGGAUUUCGUUCGGCAGCCUGAUUUCGAGAUGCUACUCCGCGAAGGGCAUCCGAUGCAUGGUAAGCCGAUACUGGUGGAGCCGCAGCUUGCGUCAUCCGUAGUAACCGUUCUAAAACGACUUACCGAGCUACCGAUCGUUGCUGCCGUUCAGAUGCACCACGAAACCAUGGUGGCCGAUCUGCUUCAAAACGAUGUGGACGCGGUGAUACUCACCAUUGGACCCUACACGCCAUUCUGCAGUUACAUUGAGGCACUACAGAAAGCCCAACAGAAUGCAGCCAAUCCGGGCCUGAUAUUCGCUGGCGGCAGUUGUUUUACGGAAGACGAAGUAGCACAACUGGUAGCAAACGGCGUAGAGCGAGUUUUCAUAGAUCUGCCGGCUCUGUGGGGGCUGGUUAUCGACGGCGCAGACGGAGUUUCGAAUGUAAUAGAAAUCUAUAAAAAAGAACUAUCGAAAUGA